AUGGUUGAAACAGCUAUCGAAGCAUGGGAAAGUGUGACAUGUGUACGCUUCAUAAAAGUUCUAUCAUUCGCUGAAGAUACCGUACAAAUUAUCGAUGGUGGCGGGUGUUAUUCAAAUAUUGGUUAUGCACCAAGUCGAAGAAUUAUUUCAUUAUCGAACGAAUGUGCAACACUUGGCGGCCCAUCAAAUUUGCAGAUAUAUAUGAUAUUGUCCAAUCUAUCUGAAUUUUCAGGUCAUAUAUUGGGAUUAAUACAUGAACAAUGUCGAAGAGAUCGCGAUGGCUAUGUGAUAAUAGAUUUUCAAGCAAUAAUCCCCGAAAUGAGAGAUGCUUUUUCUAAAAGGGAUCGUCUUAUCAAAUAUAAUCUACCUUAUGACUUAGGAUCCAUAAUGCAUUAUUCUUCGCAGGCAUUUUCCGAACAAAAUUAUCGAACAAUUCAUCCAUUCGAUGAAAAUUUUUAUGAAACCAUGGGACAGCGAGAUUCUAUCGGAUUUUACGAUGCCGCUGCAAUAAAUAUUGCAUAUUGUUCCAACAUUUUAGAUUCUUGCAACAACCAAUUAUACUGUUUGAACAAUGGAUAUACAGAUCCAAAUGAUUGCUCGAAAUGCUUAUGUCCAAGUGGAUUUGCGGGUAAAUAUUGUAAUCAAGCGGAAGGAGGUGAUAAAUGUACCAAUCGCAUAAUAAUUGCAACAUCAAAAUGGUCAUUACUUUUAUGGAAUGGUACUGCAAAUUGACGUUUACAAAUGAAAAAUACUAAUGUUGAAGAAAUUUGUUCGAUAAAUUAUAUUGAAAUUAAAUAUUUCGAUGAUUUUGGCCUUUCUGGAGCACGAUUUUGUCGAUAUGGAACAAGUUAG